AUGCUAAUUGUAUUGCGCACGAAGGCACUGCAGCAAACCAAGAGAGUGGAAAAGGAUGACUUAAAGGUGGAUUUGAGGGAACUGGAGGAGGCUUUGAAAAAGAGCGAAGUUGCUGGAGAUUCGCAGGAGAUUGCCCGACAGCUGAAAUAUCGGAAACAGAAGUUUCGAGAAGCAUUCACCGGACGGUUAGCGAUGAUCACUGUUGGUGUGAGCGUUAUCCUUGUUAUUGCUCUGUCUGGCUUCCGAGAAAAGAGAUUAUUUCCCAGCCAACUCUCAGAUUUUGCAAAACCUGUGGUACUGUCGACACUGUCAUCACUAGCGAAAGUGCGCGUGACGAAGAAAAUGAGACAGCUGGAAAAUGAAAGGAAGCAGACAAUUGGCAAAGCUCGAAUUGGUGGUCCAUGGGAAUUGCUUGACACUGAUGGUAAUUUGGGAGGAUCUGAACAGCUCAAAGGCAACUGGCUGCUGCUGUAUUUCGGUUUCACACAUUGUCCCGAUGUUUGCCCGGAUUCGAUUGAAAAAAUGGUCGAAGUUGUAAAUAUACUAGAAGCCAGCGAAGAAAAGAUCAAAGUUAUUCCGAUUUUUAUAUCAGUCGAUCCAGAACGCGACACCACGCAGCGAGUCAAAGAAUAUUGUUUGGAGUUUUCUCCAAAAAUAAAGGGCUAUACCGGCUCACCGGAGCAGGCAUGUGUUUGUAUUUUUCGAGCAAAUUUUUCUGGCCCUUGGUUUUAUAAACGAAAAUAG